CGUGAUUGCAUGUUUCUAUAAAGUUCUGGAGAGUUUCAUUGGUUUGAGUCAGCUUUGCUUGGGGAAAAGCAAUAAGUUAAGUGUGGGGGGAUUUGAUGACUCGAUAUUUGCACAUGUUUUCCCCUUCAUUUCUUGAUCGUUUAUCUUGGAAAUUGAUUGUUACUUGGCCUAUUUUACGCAACGAAGCUUAGGAGUGCAUGCUGGAAAUUGUGCCCCGCCGUGCAAUAUUGUGCACGACCGUGUGAGUUUUCGAGGAGGUUUGCACGGCCAAAAACCCCAAUUUGCACGACCGUGCAAGUAGGGGAUGCGAAUAUCAGCGUGUAUAAAAGUUGUUUUGCAAUUUUUGGAGAGAGAGAGCUGGGUUUUGGAUCCCAAACACACAAGGGACGAACCAAAGAGAGAGAGAGAGGGCGAUCUAGAGCCAUUAUUGGAGCUAUUUUGUAGGAUUCUUCACCAUUGAAGCUCAAGGAACAAGUCUAGACAUGAAGAUUGAAGAUCUUGAAAAUUAUACUGCAAUCUCUCUCUUCUCUAUGGAGUAACUUCCCUUCACUUAGGUUUUGAGGAACCCUAGUUCCAUGUGUUAGGAUUUUUCUUGUAUGAAGUUUUGGAUGCUAUAUUGUGUGAUUAUAAUCGAUUGAGGCAUGAUUUAUUGAGUCAAUUGAAUCCUGAUCAAAUUCUCUUGAUUUCUGCUUUAACAUAUGAUAGAUAGAAUCUGAUUAGGUUAAGGGAGCUUCCUUGAUUGAUAGUAAUGAUUUUAUUGUGCGAGAGUCAGUCAAUUCACUGCUUUGUACUGUAAUUUAUUCCAUGUAGUGGAGAUCUGUGUGAAUCGCCUUAGUAGUCUAUUCCGGUAAAGUCUAGUCGCCUGUCGGGUAUUAUGUCUAAGAGGACUUGGUCAGCUUAAGAGAUUCCAAGCUAAUUUAGGAUCUUCCGCAGUUUAAUUAACAGUAAAACAACCAAAAGGAAUUACAACUUGGACCUGAUUGAGGAGCUAGGGGGAAUCAUACCUAAGUUAGUUCCCAACCUAUAAUUAUUAGAGUAGUUAGUUUAGUAAAUCAAUCAUUAAUAUAGUUUGCUAGAUAAUGAACUGAAGCUGAAUAAUAGUAACUCUAGAGACCCGGGAUUCGAUAUUUAUUACUUGUGCCACUAUAAUGCAGUCCCUUUCACUGGUUGCACUUGGACAUUGUUAAGUGUUGUGUCGUAGCGUGUCCUCGGGCCGUAACUCCUUAUCGUUCCGAGGCGGGAAAGUUACGGGCUGUGGAGAGAGUUAUGGGCAAGCCCGUAAUUGGGGGUAAGCCACACUUUUUUCCAAAAGCUCUCUGGAAGUUACAGGCAAGGCCGCCAAGUUACAACCAUGGCCGUAAUUUGAGGCCUCAGGCCGUAACUUCUGGGAAGCUUUUGUGUGUCUCCACCCAAACGCACCAAAAAUGUCCCCAAACACCAAAAACACCCCCUCUGGUCCCCCGAGACCAAAAUUUCACCAGAAUGACACCACAAGACAUAAUAAUCGACCACAAAACUCCAUGUUUGACACACAAAAACAAAGAGAGAAAAGGAUAGAAAUACAAACCAAGGUCAGGUUGCCUCCCCACAAGCGCUUCUUUACUGUCUUUUAGUUGGACGCCCAUGGCGGAACUAAGGGUCCGCGAGAUCAAUCACCAACUCCACCCAUUCGAAAUUGCCUCCCAUAUACAACUGAUGCCCAUUUACCUUUAACUGCUCAGUCUGCGGGUUGGCAAUCUCAAUAGUGCCAUACGCAAACACUUGCCCUAUGUUUAGUAACUCUCAAAAGGAACCGAUCCCCUCUUCCUCAUAUGUGGCUAACUUGUAUUCGAACAUAGAAAAUCGACAUUUGCUCCCUCAAGAACUUAGGUGCUUUUCCCUUUUGGAAUUGAACUCUUGGUGCUUGCCUCCUCUCUACCACGCCAUAGAGUUGCGACCGCAUGGCAUCUCAGAUUUAGUAAAUUUUUGGACAUGUGUGAUGACUAUUAUCGACAUCAUGGCAUGGCUUGGCUUCUUAACUCACGAACACGUGGUCGUCUUACCUCACUAUGACCUCGUGGCCACCUCUACGCAGUCUCCUCGUCCCGUCAUGACCAUUAUUGCUGGUCUUGUCAUCACAACGACGUGGUCGUCUCUUCGCAACCCCGAUGCUCUCUAGGACUUAGUCAUUUUAGUUCAGAAAUCUAAUACCAUCACUACAACAAAUAUGGGAUUCACAACCAUACAAAUUGGCCGCAAUAUUAAGAAACGUGGUCGUGAAAGGAUUUUGCGAACAUUAAUAAUGGUCGCCGGACUAGUCAUAUAUACAUUGUCCCGAAAAGUAACUACGACCACCUUUUCAAAAUGCUCGACAUAAAGAUAUUUUCGAUGACCAUAUACACUGGUCGUGGAAAGCUUGAUAUUAUACGACCAGAAUAUAAUGGUCGCUUGUUACCUAUUUCGCAACAGAUACAUGUUGGUGGCCUAACAUGUUAUUGCGAAAACAAACAUGGUAGCCGAGUGUCUGUCUUAGGCGACGAAUUUCAAUGGAGUCUCUUCAGCGACCACAAUGUUAUGGUCGCAAAUAAUUUUUUCCACAACCAUUUUAUUCAAUGCAUAUAGCUGAUUAUUGGAUAAGUUUUGCCCCUAAUAAAGUGGGAGAAAAGUAUUUGUAUCUAAACAUAAUCUGUAACAAUAGUGUCAUCAUACAUUACUAAAGAUAAGUACCAUAUAUUUCAUACUUCAUUGUUCAAUUGUUGGCAAAGUACUUCAACACAAUUAACUAGUUAUGGCCAAAAAAGUAUUAUCUCACUACAAAAUUAGGUCUUCCCUGAAUAUAUGUCCACCUAUAUAUUCUUUUAGCACUCCCCACAAUGUUAUAUCCACAUAACAUGAAGCACUACCCAAAAUUCUUCCAACCUAUAACUUAUCAUUAUUAGUUGUAUGGAAAUCAACCAGCAAUAAACACAUUAUAUCAUUAUAAGUAACAACUUAAAACAUUUUACACAAUUUCUUAUGCUAGAUACAUAUAUUUAAGGACUUCUACUCUAAUGUUAAGAAGUGUAUAUCAAUAUAAUCAACAAUAGCUUCCUAAGACAACCAUGACUAGCAACAUCAAAGGAAGAAUAGAUUGCCCAACAAAGAGGCAACAACAUGAGAACAAGGCCAAAGGUUCUCCAUUCAUAAGUUUCAAACUAAUUUUAGAGACCAUUUAAGGGACAAGAGAGUCUCCAAAUAAAAACAAAGAUAAACUAAAGGGGCACAAAGCAGAUUGACAUAACAUGCACUAACCAACCAGAAAAUUGAUAACACUAACAUAAAUCGUAAGUGUGAUCAAAGAAAGUGAACACCUUGUUGCGCAUUCCAAAAGAAGCAGUCGUGUUGUGUUCUUUGCUUGAAGAAGACCUUGUGAUAGGUUCAUUGAGGCCAACUUGUGGUGCUAUGGGAGGCUGCAAGACAUAACUAAGUUUCAGUAUGGAAGAAGUCUUGUGAUCGAUUUCCAAGUGGAUUUGCUGUCUAAUUUUUUGUUUUGGGAGGACUCGGUACAUCUUCUUUACCGAAAACAUAAGACGGAAAGCAAUAAGCAGAAGGGAGUAUAAAAUGGAGCUAAUGUAACAAUCGACUAGUGUUAGAGCUGCAAACAAACCUAAUAGAAAGUAAUAUGCCAUUAUACAAACCAAAUCUUCCUAUCAAACUACUAUGAUUUGUAUGAACAUUUAUGCAUUAAACUUAUGGGAUUUAAUCAUAGGAGACCAGAUUAAAUGGUCGCUAAAAUUUUAAUAAUUUGCGUCGAACUGUAUAGUCGCCGAAAAAGAAAAUAUGGCCGCCAAAAUGUUUUCAUCUUCCCGCCUUGAUAAAGUAAACCCAACAAAAGGUUCUCUUCAAAUAUUUGACAAUUCGCGACCUUUUAUAAAUUGUGGUGGCGCAUAAUGACAUUACUGUCGACCAUGUUUUUGAAUGGUAAUAACCUUUUUCUUGUAGUGCAUGAAGCAGCUUUUAAAUAAUUAUUAUAACUAACUUGGUCUUAUAAGAGAAUUAAUUACCUUGUAACUCAUCAAUGUGGUACAAUAUACUUUUUAGGUGUAA